AUGAGUACUGCAUCGUUAGAGGUAUUAGGGAUCAAUUCGUCAAAAAAUGACAUGAAAGAACAAGAUGACAAACGCUGGGUUUGGAUCCCAGAUCCUGAAAACGCUUUCGUUAAAGCUUGCGUUAUAGAAGAACUAAAAGAUCACCAGUUACGUGUGCGAUACAAUAAUUUUCGAGAUGAGAAGAUUGUUUUGGAGGCAGAAACCCUGCCGGUCAAUCCGUCCAAUUUUGACAGUGUUGAUGACAUGGCAGAGCUUACACAUCUCAAUGAGCCGUCUAUUGCGUACAAUUUGGAGCAACGGUAUAUGUCAGACCUCAUUUAUACAUAUUCUGGUCUUUUCUUAGUUGCCAUUAAUCCGUAUAAUCUUCUUCCUAUAUACAACAAAGAUAUUAUUCAAUUAUACAAAGACAAAACCUAUGGAAGAAAAUACCCGCAUAUUUUCUCGGUUGCCGACCUUGCUUAUAAUAACUUGCUAGAAAAGAAGGAACAUCAAAGUAUUCUGGUCACUGGUGAAUCUGGUGCUGGUAAAACUGAAAACACGAAACGAAUCAUUCAGUAUCUUGCCUCUGUUGCCAACAGUUCGCAGUACACGGAAGGUCAGAUCGAAGAGCAGAUCCUUCAAACAAACCCCAUUCUCGAGUCCUUUGGUAAUGCACAAACAGUGAGAAAUAACAACUCUUCUCGGUUUGGUAAAUUUAUCAGAAUCGAGUUUUCUGCUAGUGGAGAAAUCUCAAAUGCCACAAUCGAUUGGUAUUUGCUUGAAAAGUCCAGAGUCGUUCGUCAAAGCCCGGAGGAACGAAGUUACCAUGUAUUUUACCAGCUGAUUAAAGGUGCAGAUGAGGCGCUACGCAACAAGCUACUUUUAAGUAAGACCACCGACGAAUACAAUUACUUAAAAGAAUCAUCGAACACCAUUGAUGGGGUCGAUGAUGCGGCAGAAUUCGAGAAGCUGUUAGCCUCGAUGAAAACAUUAAACUUCACGGAGCAGGAGAUGAUUGCUUCAUUCAAAAUUCUCUCUAUUGUUCUGCUCUUGGGAAACAUUACCGUUGUCGCUGAUCGCAAUGGUGCUGCUCGCUUGCCUAAUCCAGACGAAAUUGACAAAAUUUGUCAUUUAAUGGGGAUGAAACCUGAGGAGUUUUCGCAAAACCUUAUUCGGCCUAAAAUUCGUGCAGGACGCGAAUGGGUAUUUUCAGCAAGAAGUCAAGUUCAAGUGGCAUCCUCUCUUGAAGCUUUAGCCAAAACGAUCUAUGAGCGAAAUUUUGGGUGGCUCGUUGAUCGCAUUAAUCAGUCUUUGAAGAAUUCGGGUACAACUUCUCGUCAUUUUAUUGGUAUUUUGGAUAUUGCAGGUUUUGAAAUUUUUAAGCAUAAUAGUUUUGAACAACUUUGCAUUAACUACACAAAUGAACGGUUGCAACAAUUCUUUAACCAUCACAUGUUUGUCUUGGAACAGGAAGAGUACAUGCGAGAGAGUAUCAAAUGGGAAUUUCAAGAUUUUGGUCACGAUUUGCAACCUACAAUUGAUUUGAUCGAAAAGAGCAAGCCCAUUGGUAUCUUGUCCUGCUUGGAUGAGGAAUGUGUUAUGCCGAAAGCUACGGACACCACUUUUACAGAGAAACUGAAUGCUCUCUGGAAUGGCAAGUCGACAAAGUACAAACCGUCAAAGUUUGGUUGUGAUGGCUUUACUCUUACACAUUACGCCGCCGAUGUUGAAUACAAAACUGAAGGCUGGUUGGAGAAAAACAGCGACCCUUUAAAUGAGAACGUUGCGAACUUAAUCGCGAAUUCCUCAAACAAGCAUCUGGCAAGCCUGUUCGCCGAUUAUAAGGACCCCGUUGGAUCAGUCACUCGGACGAGCAAGAAAAAGGGUGUUUUCCGUACUGUCGCUCAACGCCAUAAAGAACAGCUUAACCAGUUGAUGAAUCAGUUUGGUGUCACGAAUCCUCACUUCGUUCGAUGCAUUGUUCCGAAUCAACUGAAAAAGGCUCACGUUUUCAAUUGGCCUCUUGUACUCGAGCAACUAAGAUGUAAUGGUGUGCUUGAGGGAAUUAGAAUCACUCGUUCAGGAUUCCCUAAUAGACUCACGUUUAAUGAUUUUCGUUUACGAUAUGAAAUUAUGGUUAAUGUGUCUAAGAACAACCAAUACGUGGAAUCGCGAAAAGCCUCUUUGCUGAUACUUCAAGAACUCGAUGUUGAUUCUGAUUUGUACCGAAUUGGUAUUUCCAAAGUGUUUUUUAGAGCAGGUGUUCUAGCAAUCUUGGAGAAAAGACGUACGGAGUAUCUUCAGCGAUUGAUGACGGGCUUGCAAUCAUGUAUCAGAGGUGCUGCUCAGCGAAAACGUUACCAAAAAACAUUAAACGCAAUCACGGCAUCCAAACUUAUUGAGAAAAACUUGUACUACUAUAAAGAUCUCGCACAAUUUUCUUGGGCAAAGUUAUUUCUUACGAUUCGUCCACUAUUAAGUAGCACGCAGAAUGACGAGAAGCUGAAGAAAAAGGAUGAAGAACUAGCAAGGGUCAAUUAUGAACUGAAAAAGUCACAAGCGAGCUUUCGACAAGCUGAGGAUCAGCGAAAGGCUACAGAAGAUUCGAUCAAAAAUUUGGAGAAAGUUUUAGAAACAGAGCGAUCCAUAGCUGUGGAUAAAGAAGAAAUUCUUUAUAGAACACAGGAAAAGGUUAACGACUUGCUCGAAACUAUUUCCAAACUCGAAAGCGAUAUAUCUGAGAAGGACGAGAGAGUAAACUCCUUUUCGGAAGAAAUGGAAUUACUUGUCAAGGAACAUACACAGCUUGUGGAAGCAUCUACAAAGACAGAUAACGAGUUAUUUGAAACAAAAGAGAAAUUGGAGGCAGUGUUAGCUUCCAAUGAAGAGCUUGAUGAGAAAGUUUCAACGCUGACAGCAUCUCUUGCAAGUGCCAACUCCCAAAACGAGCAGCUUGCUCGGGAAAACAAAUCUCUUUCCGAGACUGUUGAUGAGCUUACAUCAUCCGAGAAGAACAGAGAAGAACUGGAGCGUGCUAUCAAUGAGCUUAACACAAAAUGGAAAUCUCGUGAACAAGAGCUGUUGGAUAAGGAGAAGGCUCUUGAAGAAGAACUUCAAACUUCAAAUGACAACUUUUCCAAACUUCAAGAAGAAAAGGAGCAAGCACAAAAGCAGUUUAAGGAGGCUUUACAAUCUUCAAACGACGUCUCGGCUAAGCUCCAGCAAGAGAAGGAACAAACUCAAAAGCAAUACGAGGACGCUUUGCAGAAAGCAAAUGACAAAUCAACUAGACUUCAGACGGAGAAAGACCAAGUUCAAAGCCAGCUUGAUCAGCUUCGUUCUGAUCUUAAACACUCGCGCUCUCGUUUUGACGAAAUAAGCAAAGAGGGAGGAGAGCUUCAAGCUAAGUUGAAGAGACUUGAGGAAGCUAAUGACGAUUUGGAAUCAAUGAAGAAAAUCCAACAGCUAACGAUAAGUGAUCUCGAAGAGAAGGUCUCAUUUUUGGAGGCUGACUUGAAGCAACUCGUCAACUUAAAGAAUGAGGUUGCUGAUCUGAAGUUAAAGAAUGGUGAAUUGCAAGAACAGUUGAGCGACAUGCAUGUGCUCAAGGAGAAGCUGAACCAACGUGAUAAUACGCUUCGAAGCUAUUCUGAAGAGAUAGACUCGUUGCGGUCAGAGGUUAAUACGUUGCAAGGGUACCGUGAUAAGUACAAUGCACUUUCAUCUCAAAGUACCUCUCUUAAGUCGUCAGCAGAUAAGUUGAAGGGCGAACUUGACCAAAUUAAGGUGUACGUGAAUAAAUUUCUUCACGCAGAGGAAGAACUUAAUCGUACACGUCUUCAACUGAACACUUCGAAUGAGGCAAAUUCGAUGCUCAAUGAGAAGAUUGAUCUUUUGACGAAAGAACGCGAUUCUCUCGAAGGCGAAGUCCACCAUGGUAAAGAACGGAUUAGUCUUCUUCAGGAUACCAUUCAAAGACAAAGAGGGGACUUGGCGUCUGUCGAUGAACUUAAAGAUAAAAUACGCACUUUUGAAUCUCAAAUUUCGCAAUUAAAGGGUGAGCUUAAAGAAGAGAAGAACAAGGUUUCGACGUUAACUCAAUAUUCUAAAGAAGCAGAAAUACUUCGGAGUCAGCUGAAAAAGAUGCAGAACAUCGAGGAAGAACUGAACAAGGCCAAGAGCGAGCUCAAACAGGUGCGUAGUCUGCGUUCUGAAAUUGAACUUCUCAAAGGAAAGGUCGGUUCGCAAGAAUUGCUUAGAUCAAAGAACAAAGAACUGGAACUUCGUGCUACGGAAUUGCGCAAAGAGUUGUCUUCUGUGCAAGAGCGUACGAAGCGAAAAGAGCAAGAGUUGCAAAAACUUAAAACCACGCUCGAAAAUGAAAAAAUGGAAACUAAAGAAAAUCUUCAGCGGAUGUUUACUCCGCAAAGGAAAACCAUUUUUGAUUUGCAUGAGCGAAACGCUAGUCAAGCGAUGCAGCUACUUCAUCACAAUUGGCUUCUCAAGGCACUGGUGGUUCCGUCGAACGCUCGAAUUUGA